GAUUGCUAUGCUCUGUGAGUGUUGAUAUUUUCGUGUCAGUCCUGCUGACUGCAGCCAAGUUGGGAGCCUGGGAGGGAGGCGCUUCUGCUGCCGUGAGUGGGGCAGACCACGCUGUCUGUCGCUGUACCCACGCCUGCGAGUCAGAGCCUUGGGAUAGAAGAGCAAGACCCGGCCGACAAGAAAAAAAGGCAAGGCACCAGGUGCAUACUUUGACUGAAACCUGAAUCGGAGGGCCGGGAGGGAGAUCGCUCGCCUCUGAUUGGCCCGUGGGCGUCAUCGGGAACCCACGCAGCGGCUUCGAUUGGCUGGGGCCCGCAAUUGUUGUGGCGGCGGUGGAGAUUUUGCCCACGUACUUCCGAGCAAGAGGCGGGGCUGUGCCCUGGAGCGCGUGCGCAGCGCCCCGGGGCCCCACCCGGUAGUUCGAGAUCCUGUGAAGGGGCGGGGCGAAGAGGUGCUUGUUUUGGUUCUGUUUCCUCUGAAGCAGAAGGCCAGAACGAGCGUAGCCUUAAACUUGCUGGACUUGGGGAGAAGGCUACGACAAACUCGCUGCGGUGUCUUCAUUUUGGACCUCACAUCCAGACUCUCCAGCCUCGUGACCUACGUGCCGCUGACGGGUCUCGAACCGGUGGCUCCUCAAUUUCUUUAUCCGGGCCUCGCCGAUCCCGUCGUGCUUCGCGCACUACAGGAGCCCCCCUCAUCCGGGUUCUGUCCCGGCGUGCCUCGCGCCGGGUUUGCUGGGGGGUACUCGGCGGUGCCGCCAUGACUAUUCUCCCCAAAAAGAAGCCGCCGCCUCCCGACGCCGACUCCGCCAAUGAGCCGCCGCCGCCCGGACCGCUGCCACCGGCGCCGCGCCGCGGCGGGGGUGUGGGCGUGGGUGGCGGUGGCACGGGCGUGGGUGGCGGCGACCGCGACCGUGACACGGGGGUUGUAGGGGCCCGUCCCCGGGCCUCGCCCCCGCCUCAGGGCCCGCUACCGGGGCCACCGGGAGCACUCCACCGCUGGGCGCUGGCUGUGCCGCCCGGUGCAGUGGCAGGCCCCCGGCCCCAGCAGGCCUCACCUCCUCCGUGUGGGGGUCCGGGAGGUCCCGGGAGCGGUCCCGGCGACGCGUUGGGCGCUGCAGCAGCGGGCGUGGGCGCGGCGGGCGUGGUGGUGGGCGUGGGCGGUCCCGUGGGUGUGGGUAGUUGUUGCUCGGGGCCGGGUCACAGCAAGCGGCGGCGUCAGGCCCCGGGGGUUGGUGCGGUUGGCGGGGGUAGUCCGGAGCGUGAGGAGGUCGGCGCAGGUUACAACAGCGAGGACGAGUACGAAGCGGCUGCAGCGCGCAUAGAAGCCAUGGACCCCGCCACCGUGGAACAGCAGGAGCACUGGUUUGAAAAGGCCCUGAGAGACAAGAAGGGCUUCAUCAUCAAGCAGAUGAAGGAGGACGGCGCCUGUCUCUUCCGGGCUGUAGCCUUGACAGUGCCCUGUGAGAAGAAGAGGAGUUACUCUCUCUACUUUAUGCGUGAGGACGUUGCGACCCAGAGAGGUUACAUAGCCUUGUCCUGUGCUACACAACCAGGAGGGAACAGGACCUUUCUGUCAGCUGACCAGGUGUAUGGAGACCAGGACAUGCAUGAGGUUGUGCGAAAGCACUGCAUGGACUAUUUGAUGAAGAAUGCCGACUACUUUUCCAACUAUGUCACAGAGGACUUUACCACCUACAUCAACCGGAAGCGGAAAAACAACUGCCAUGGCAACCACAUUGAGAUGCAGGCCAUGGCUGAGAUGUACAACCGGCCCGUGGAGGUGUAUCAGUACAGCACAGGUACUUCUGUGGUGGAACCCAUCAACACAUUCCAUGGGAUCCAUCAAAAUGAGGAUGAACCCAUCCGUGUCAGCUACCAUCGGAAUAUCCACUACAAUUCAGUGGUGAAUCCCAACAAGGCCACCAUUGGUGUAGGGCUGGGCCUGCCAUCUUUCAAACCAGGGUUUGCAGAGCAAUCCCUGAUGAAGAAUGCUAUAAAAACAUCAGAGGAGUCAUGGAUUGAACAGCAGAUGCUGGAAGAUAAGAAGAGGGCCACAGACUGGGAGGCCACGAAUGAGGCCAUUGAGGAGCAGGUGGCUCGGGAAUCCUACCUGCAGUGGCUGAGGGAUCAGGAGAAACAGGCCCGCCAGGUCCGCGGCCCCAGCCAGCCCCGGAAAGCUAGCGCUACAUGCAGUUCUGCCACAGCAGCCGCCUCCAGUGGCCUGGAGGAGUGGACUAGCCGGUCCCCACGGCAGCGGAGUUCAGCCUCGUCUCCAGAGCACCCCGAGCUGCAUGCUGAGCUGGGCAUCAAGCCUCCUUCCCCAGGCACUGUUUUAGCUCUUGCCAAACCUCCUUCACCCUGUGCACCAGGUACGAGCAGCCAAUUCUCGGCAGGGGCCGACCGGGCUACUUCUCCGCUCGUGUCCCUCUACCCUGCUCUGGAGUGCCGGGCCCUCAUUCAGCAGAUGUCCCCAUCCGCCUUUGCAGGUCUGAACGACUGGGAUGAUGAUGAGAUCCUAGCGUCGGUGCUGGCAGUGUCCCAACAGGAAUACCUAGACAGUAUGAAGAAAAAUAAAGUGCACAGAGACCCACCCCCAGACAAGAGUUGAUGGAGACCCAGAGACUGGAGACCAUCUCCCAACCCCUACCACUCCUGCCCUCUGGGGCCGCGCCCCCCCCUUCUUUGCUUUCUUCCUUCUGGCCUUCUUCCUUCUCCCUUAUCCCUUCUCUCCUCUCCUCUCUUCUUCUCUCUCUCUCCCCCCUCCCCCUUUCCACUUCCCUCUGGCUGACCCACCCCUGAGCUCCCUCUCAUCGCUGCCACCACCACCAUCACCUGUCUCUUCGCCAGCUGACGUGCCCCGUUGCCCCCCGCACAGCACCAUCCCUGCAUUCCACAGGGGACUCGGGCAAGGGUGCCGAAGGUAGGCAAGAGGCACACAGACAAACCAGCUGGCAGCCAGGCAGCCCCUGAAGAGAGACAUUCAGUCAGAGGAAAGUCUCCUUGUCCCCCUCCUUUCCAAGACCAGAAAAACUUGUUACCCCACCUUCACACUGAUGCCAGGGAGGUGGGAGACAGAAGUGGGAAACCCCCUUCCUAGUACCCCAAGAAUGUUUGAGCCUUCAACGUUGAAUUUUUUCUUUAUUAAAAUAUACUUUUAUCUUAUAAAAUCAACCAAUCAAAAAUGAUGUAGACAACAGCAUUGACUAUGAAGGCGGCAUCUCUCUGGUUCAGGAGCAGGCAGUCCAUGGGGCACAGGGGCACAAAGAUGUGCUUGCUGGUUCUGGCCUCCAGCUCUAAGGAGGGGGGCAAGUUGUAGAGUGAGCCGGGGUGGGCAGGGAUGGCAAGUAUCACAUGGGCUUUGGACAAUGAGACUCUGACCUCGCUGCAUUCCUUUGCUUCCACCACCACCACCAGUCUCUUUGGAAUCUUGGGGUGGGGGACAUCUUUGGGAAUCAUGGCCGCCACCCAGGAUUUGAGUGUGGGGAGUGGGAGCAGCCUCGGCAGGUCGUGCCCUGCAGGUGUUGACAAGAUCCAUCAUCUGUAAUGUCCUUGGCACAAUAAAACCAAAUGUCAGUUUCCCCUGA